UGAGCUAACGGCUCGCUGAGCUCGCGCUGCCUCAGUCUCUGUGCGGUUGUUACGGAGAUACCUGAAGACUGCAGUACGUCCCGCCUGGCGGCCGAGUGAGCGAGUUCUUUGACCUUUUUCUGCUGGAAAAAAUGAAUCUCCGGAACCGCUUGUUCCCGCUGCAGUUCCUUUUCGGUUUCAGUAUUUUUCCAGUAUGUUGGAGUGCUCAGGGGAAGUAUGCGCACAAGCUGAUGAAGGACUUGUUUGCUAAUUACACCAGUGCACUGAGGCCGGUGGAAGACACGGACAACAUUAUUAAUGUCACCUUACAGAUCACUCUUUCCCAAAUCAUCGAUAUGGAUGAACGGAACCAGAUCCUCACCACGUACCUGUGGAUUCGUCAGGUCUGGUUUGAUGCAUACCUCACCUGGAAUAAGGCGGACUACGAUGGGCUUGAUACCAUCCGUAUACCUAGUAGUUAUGUAUGGAGACCAGAUAUAGUCCUAUAUAACAAUGCUGACGACCAGUUCUCCAGCUCCAUGGAGACCAACGUGGUGAUCAGCUAUGAUGGCCAUAUCACUUGGGAUCAGCCAGCCAUCACCAAGAGCUCCUGCAAGGUGGAUGUCUCCUUCUUCCCCUUUGAUGCCCAGCAGUGCCGCCUCACCUUCGGUUCCUGGACUCACAACGGGAACCAGAUGGACAUUCUCAAUGCUAUGGACAGUGCUGACCUGGCUGACUUUGUGGAGAAUGUUGAGUGGGAAGUUCUUGGAAUGCCGGCAAAGAAGAAUAUUAUACUGUAUGGUUGCUGCUCAGACCCAUAUCCAGAUAUCACCUACACGCUGCAGUUGAAGAGGAGAGCUUCUUUCUACAUAUUUAACCUCCUCAUUCCAUGUAUGAUGAUUUCCUUUCUGGCUCCCCUGGGCUUCUAUUUGCCAGCUGACUCGGGAGAAAAAGUGUCCCUUGGGGUUACAGUACUACUGGCCCUCACCGUCUUCCAGUUGUUAGUGGCAGAGAGCAUGCCACCCUCUGAAAACGUGCCACUUAUUGGCAAGUACUACAUAGCCACAAUGACCAUGAUCACAGCCUCCACAGCCCUGACUAUCUUCAUUAUGAACAUCCAUCACUGUGGUCCUGAGGCACGACCUGUGCCUGAGUGGGCCCGCCGCUUCAUACUACACUACUUGGCCCGAAUCUGCUUUGUGUAUGAAGUGGGUGAAAGCUGUCUGUCAGUCCAGACCGAGAAUACUGCCAAGAGAGGAGCCAGCUGGACCGUCAAUGGCCAGACCAGAGGGGAGGAACUGGCUUUGAAGACGAGAAAUGUCGUAGCCAGUGAGGCUAGUGAUUCUCAGAAGCUGAAGGACCACAAAGAAGAAGUGGAAGAUGACCUGAGUUCAACCCUGUCACCGGAAGUAAACGCAACAGCCUGCCCCAGUAGCUGGAAGGAUGGGGCUUUUGUGAACAUUGAUUAUGGAGAUGUGUCAGGAGCGGUAGGUGGGUAUGGAGGACGAAGAGGAACAGGUGGAGGGAGAGAGAGUGAAAGUGUUGGAGCUGUGGGAGGGAAGGACUCAGUAAAAAGGAAAGAGUUGCUGCUCAAGGGCCAGUGCAUAUGCCAUCACCAGUCUUUGCUGAGGAACAUUGAGUACAUUGCCAACUGUUAUCAUGACCAAAAGGCCACACAGAGACGGAGUGGGGAGUGGCGUAAAGUUGCUAAGGUGAUGGAUCGCUUCUUCAUGUGGAUCUUCUUCAUCAUGGUCUUCCUUAUGAGUUUGCUCAUCAUGGGAAAAGCUAUUUGAGAUCAGCCAUUCAGCUGCUAGAAGCCUUGUCAAGCAAAUGACUUUUCGGACACAUCACUAAAACUAGGUUUUGAAGGAGCUGCCAGGAACCACCGGCCUUUUUUAGUGAAUUUCAAGACUGAUCUGCUUGAAGAACUAUGAACAUUAUAGCUAUUUCGACUGACCAAGUGGAAUAUCUGCAAUGUUGUUUUCAAAGGUGCUCAAAGAAUUUUUAACGACCAUUAUUUGCUGAUUUUGUCAUUUAUUCUGUUUGUUGUCCCCAUAGCUAAUGUUCUUUUAUGUGGGCUAUGACUGUUAGAGCCCUACCUUUUUUUGUAAAGAUGCUGUGUUGGAGUGUAAAUGAGAUAAAGAGCACGGAAUGGAGCCAAACAUAGUGUUCCUGUUUUUGUAUUUUACAUUAUAAAAUGGAUAGUUUCAGUCCUAAAAUUGAUUGGCUGCACCGUUUGUUGUAAAAUACUUGAUACAUGCACACAUGUGACUGCCUCACAAUUUAAUCCUGUAUUAAUGCAACGUUAUGUUUCUUGCUUGGACCACUGAGCCUAUACAUACAUGGAACCAGGCAUCAGUGUGGAUAAGGUCCUGAAGCACUACUAAACAUACCCUACAUAAGAAUCUUGUUUAGUUUAAACUUAUUUUUUCACCAGCUAGAACUAGGCUGACCAGUUAUGCAAGUAGCAGGCUUGGAAGCACCUCAAUCAGUAUUAGGCUUUGAAUGGAAGUAUUUACUGAAGGAUUCACUGUGCGACUGCUACAUGCACACUAAACUAUGUUACUUGCAUGUCUUUAAAUGUCUAUGUUUUGAUAGAUCUGCCAUUGGUUGCAAUAAUUCCAGUGUGGGAAAAUCAAUGUGCGGUAUCUUUAGCUUGAUGCUUACAGUUAGCAUUAUUGUUAAGGUGGUAAUUUGAUAAGAAAAAGGUACUUUAUAAGAUGAAUGUUUCUGCACAGAACAUCAUGCUAUAUUAUGAUAUGUGCAUUGUUUCUAUAUUUCAUCAUAUUGUAUGGUGUCUCUGUUUUAUAAAAGCAAUAUGGCACUGAA